AUGGCAUCCAUACGUGCCAAUUGUCGCAAGAUCAUGUGUAUCGGCCGAAACUACGCCGAUCACAUUGCCGAGUUGAACAACACUACGCCCAAGCAACCCUUCUUUUUCCUCAAGCCUACCUCAUCCAUUUUGCUCCCUAAUAGCGGCCCGGUCCUCCGCCCCAAAGGUGUCAGUUUGCACUAUGAGGUUGAACUGGGUCUGGUCAUGGGGAAAACAGUGCGAGAUCUGGACCCGGAGGAUGAAAAGGGUGCCUUGGAUGCCAUUGAGAGCUACAUCCUCGCCAUUGAUAUGACGGCACGCAACGUCCAAGACGAAGCCAAGAAGAAGGGUCUUCCCUGGUCCAUUGCCAAGGGAUUCGACACUUUUAUGCCCAUCUCCCAGGCUAUCGCCAAGUCGCGCAUCCCCAAUCCCCACGACGCCUUUUUGCGCUUACGCGUCGGUGCCACGGAGCGCCAAGCCGACUCGACCGGUCUGAUGCUCUACCGGAUUCCUCAGCAAUUGUCUCAGAUCUCGCGCGUCAUGACGCUGGAGAAGGGUGACAUUGUUCUGACGGGAACCCCCAAGGGAGUCGGAGAGGUCAAGGCGGGGGAUGUGAUGCAUGCCUCCAUCGAAGUCAACGGAAAGGAAAUUGAAGAAGGUCGCAUCCAAGUGGAGGUGCAGGAUCGUCAAGGACGCUACGAAUUCAAGGAGACUUGA